AUGGCUGGAACUUCGACGAGAAGGUCGACUAGAUCUGUAUCUAAUCCACCAGAGGAGAUCCAUGAAGAUGACAUGUAUGACGAAGAAUUGGAAAAUAUCAAGAAACAUAUUGAUUUCCACAAUGAAUCAGAUGAAGACUCUGAAGAUGAAUAUAUCUUAUCAUCAUCGGACGAAGAAUAUGAUGGAAAAAAUGGAGAAGAAGAAUAUGAUGAUUAUGAUGAAAAUUAUAACUUUAAAGAUGCAUUAAAAGGUGCUAGUAACUUUAGAGUACGUAAUAGAAGAGAGAAGAUUAGUAAGAGUUCUAAAAAUUAUUAUAAACGUAAAAUGAUGAGAGCUGAUAAUAGAGAAUUGGAUCCUGAAGUUAGAUCGAAUUUAUCUCAAGCUAAUGAAGCAUUUGUUAGAAAAGAUUUUGGUACAGCAGAAACUUUAUAUUUAGAAGUUAUUAAAAAAGAUGCCAAAAAUUUCACAGCUUUCAAAGCCUUGGGUGAAAUUUAUCAAGCACAAGGCGAUUUCAAUAAAUGUUGUAAUUAUUGGUUAUUGGCAGCAAAUAUUCAUCCUUGGGAUACUGAAUUUUGGGGUCAAGUGGCAGAAUUAUCUUCUGAAUUGGGUUAUAUUGAUCAAGCUAUUUAUUGUUACGGUCGUGCAAUUACGUCCGAUGUUAGAAAAAGUUGUGAUUUUAUACUACAGAGAGCACUUUUAUAUCAAGAAAGAAAACAAUUUGGUAAAGCAUUGGAAGGGUUCCAAAAAGUUAGACAAUUAUAUCCACAAGAUUCCAACAUCAUUAAAUAUUUGGCUUCCGUGUAUCUGGAACAAAAGCGUUUAAAUGAUGCAAUUAAUUUGUAUAUGAAAGUUUUGGAUAAUAAUAUCGAUCCAAAUAAAGAAUCUGGAGAAUUGUUUCCCAAGUUUGAUUGGGCAGAAUUGAAUAUUUUAUUAGAACUUCAUUUACAAAACCAUUCCUGGAGAAUGGGAUUAAAUGUGUUGAAAUUAACAUCCAGAUGGAUUCAAAAUAGAACUGAGGAAACAUGGUGGUCUGAAGAUGAAGAUUUGGAAUUUGAUACUGUGCAAAGAUUUCAGGUUUUGGAUGGAUUGUCAGAAGAUCAGAGAGUAGAAGCCAAGGAUAAAGCAUUUGAAUUACCAAUUGAUAUUCGUUUCAAACUAGGGUGUUUAAGACUUGGGCUCAAACAAAAAAGAGUUGCGAUGGUUAGUUUUGAUUAUUUAAUUGAUGAACAGGAUGUUGCUGAUUUGCAUUUCGAAGCAGGUAAAUUAUUAGAAGAACAUGGGUAUUAUGAAGAUGGAUUAAAAUUCUUAACAAAAGCCUAUGAAGAUGAGCAAUUCCAAGGUAGUCUAGAAUUGACCGAGUUAUUAGCCAGAUGCUAUUUUGAAGUGGGUGAUUAUAAACAAUCUAGAUAUGCCUAUGAAGAAUUAUUACAACAUGAUCCUAAUAAUUUAGAUUUCAAAUUAUCCUUAGCAGAAAGUUUAUUGUAUUUGGGUGAAAAUACCCGAGCACAAAAAUUGAUUAUAGAAGUUAGACAAUCUCGACCUAAAGAAGAAGGGGCUGAUAUUGAAAUUGAUAGCGAAACAACAGAAAACCUUUCAUUGAUUCCAAAUGAAUUUAAGAAAACUCAUGGUAAAAGAAAAUUGACAGAACAAGAAAGGGAAGAAAUUGAAAAUAAUGCCACUCGUAAAUUAUUGGAGAAGUACGGUAGAAUGCAAAGAUUACAAGAAGCAGUAAACAAUGGAGAUAGAAUUGCCAUUAGUGCAUGGAUUCAAUUAGCUUCUCAAUUGAUUGAAAUAUUUGCCAACGUUAAGAGUUUUUUUCCUAGAGAUAAGAAUAGAAUUUUCAGAGGGAUUAUUCGAUACAGAAGAAGAAAAGAUAUGGGAUUGGAUGAAAAAUUGGCCAGAACUCAUAAUUUAUAUUUGGGUAUUGUUCCUGAUGAAAAUAAUUCAAGACAUACAUUAACCAGUAAGACUGAAUAUCGAGGGCUUAGUUAUGAUCAAUGGUUUAAAAUAUUUGCCCAAUAUGCUAUACUAAACUCAAGGUAUGAAAACAAGGUAGAUUAUGCUGACGAGAUUGUUGAUUUGGCAUUAAAUGUGAAUGUUUUCAUUCAAGAUAAAAGAAAAGAAAAUUUUCUUCGAACUUUGAAACUAGUCUUUGCUGUGGGUAGAGGACAAAUUGUUGAAUCUAUUUUCAUUCAAAUUCGUCAUUUUUUAAAUCUGAAUCAAUUUUCCCCAUUUAUUUAUAAAUUAUUCAUGUGUUGUUAUAGUGCUGGUAUAAAUUUCUGGGAACAAUUUUCAUGUUAUAAUCAUCAAAAAUAUUUCUUACGUCAAUUGAAAGGAUAUGAUUUCUAA